GCAGACUCCAGCUGCCUAGACUUUAGUUUGUAGAGUGAACGAAGUCACUUUAGAGCGUUAAAUUCUAACUUAGUCUUUAAGGAAACCUCCGUUUGGGCUUCUCCGGAGGAAUGGAAUGGAAGUUAAAAAAAUAUUCCCGUCCCAAAGUGAAAACAGAAGGAGCGAUGGUUUUGAGAGCCACAGAUAUCUCAUAUAGACGUUUUAAGAGGAGGAUCUUGAGUCGGCUAAGUACUGAAUUCCCCCUAGCGAGCAGCCCGAAGACCACUAGAUGGCAGCACUCCUACAUCACAGAAAAUGACACCGUUUGUCAAAGGCUGCCUCUGGAUUCUCCGCCGCGUUCAACCUCACUCACUGAAGUACGUCUGGGUGACAAGGAGACAUUACAUACCCCAGAUGGAGAAUCUCCUCUAGAUCUUGAUAAAAGAGGCUGGGAUGUCAGUGUUAAGUCUCUGCUUGAAAUGUCACGUGAAUGCAGUCGAGGGCAGAGUGAUGGUUUGAAAGUGAAUGAGCAGGAUUGCAUUUGGAAAGAAUCUGAAGGUGAUGAAAAUCCCUGCUCUACACCCCUGCCCUUCAGUAUCAUUGAGACAGCUCCCAGCAUGCCUUGCAGUGUCUUCAAAGCAGAACGGCAGAUGGCAGUCCCUGGACUGCAGGAUGACUACUAUCUCAACCUUCUGGCAUGGAGCGAACAGGAUAUGGUUGUACUCGGCUUGGCCUCCUCAGUGUGCAUUUGGAACGGCAGCACUCAGUCGCUGCAGGGGAGCCUUCACUUAACGCCCCACACCUCUGACCUUUUUGGCCCUUCCUCCUGUCCUCUGGUAUCUUCAGUUGCCUGGAGUAAAGAUGGCCAAACCCUUGCCAUUGGGAAGAGUGAUGGGGAGAUUCUGCUGUGGGAUGUGGAACGCAGGACCAGCCUUAGAAAACUAACAGGACAUCUAUCAUUGGUGGGGUCCCUAAGUUGCAACCAGUACAUCCUCAGCAGUGGCUCAGUUCUCGGAUUGAUCCAUCACCAUGAUGCACGGGUGGCUAGACCUGUGAUUGGUUGGCUCCGGCAGAAGAAGGGCAUUUGUGGUCUGGCGUGGUGUCCACAUGGGAGCAAACUGGCCAGUGGAACUACCGACGGCCUCCUUAGCAUCUGGCCUGAUGAUCCUGGGGCUACAGGGAAGUGUCUGCCAAUGCUGACCAUAUCCCAUCCAACCGCAGUCAAGCUGGAACUGGUGGCUGUUGGUGGGGGCAGGCAGGAUGGGGCCUUAAGGGUCUGGGACACUCAUACAGGAGUCUGUCGGCAGUCAGUUCAGACACACUCUCAGAUAUGUUCAUUGUGCUGGUGCCCAGCCAAUGAGGAACUGCUCAGUGGCCACGGCCUUCCCCAGCAUCAAAUCACCUGCUGGAAGAUGCCGUCCAUGAGCAGAAAAGCUGAGCUGUACGGUCACAGAGGACGUGUCCUGCACCUGGCUCUGAGCCCAUGUGGAACUCGCAUCUUCACGGUGGGCUCGGAUCGCCAAGCCUGCGUGUGGAAGCAUUCGGACCAACUGAUCUGGCCCCGAGAGGACGCUGACGGACAUUACUGUGAAAAUCGACAAUGCCAUGAGACGUUAUGAAGAUGUUAUGAGAAAAUGAUGCCUGGGACACAGGG